CUCGAUGAGUCCUCCCGUGGACCAUGUCUGUGAUCGUCUUCGCCUGCGUGGUUCGGGUGAGGGAUGGGCUGCCGCUGUCCGCCAGCACUGACUUCUACCAGGCCCAGGAGUUCCUGGCGUGCCGGAGGCGGCUGAAGGCUCUGGCUUCCCGCUUGGCCCAGUAUCCCGGUCGGGGCUCCGCCCAGAGCCCCGACUUCAGCAUCUACUUCUCCUCCGCCGGAGACGUGGGCUGCCUGGCUAUCUGCUCCCUCCGGUGUCCGGCCGCCAUGGCAUUCUGCUUCCUGGAGACACUCUGGUGGGACUUUACCACGUCCUACGACCCCACCCGCAUCCGCCUGGCCUCCCGCCCCUACGCUUUCCUGGAGUUCGGACCCGGAUAUGAGCAGAUCCCAUCCUGGUCCUCAGCCUCCAGCCCUGGGUGA